GCGAUAAUCUGAUUCCCUUUCUCGGGAAACUACAUGCCUUGAAUGUUGACGCUACUUUCCCGUUUGCUUGGCGGAAGAAAGGUGCGUAAAAUUCUCACCUGCAUGCCCUUCACUAGCGUCUUUAACCCUAAAUCAAGAUACGCAUUGAUUGAGUACUGUUUCUCGAGCGUUUAAUUGCAUGUUCUCCUUCCGGAUUAUGGUUGUCAGCUGUGAAUUUCUGUUUGGAUGGUGGGAAACAAUCUGGAAAAGUGGAACUAAAUUUGAUUCUUGAUUGUUUGGCAUUUCAUGUUGCAAUUGGGCGCUUAGUUUUCUCUCCAUUUCAUUUUAUUGGGUUUUCUUGGCAACCAAAUAGGAGCUUGAUUUGAUUGCAAUGGGGUUUUUGUUUGUUUCCAAGCUCCAAAGUCUUUGGCCCUUCCCAGUCUCCAAAUUUGAUGACCUGAGAGUAUCAGAUGAGUUAGUUCGCAAACUACCAUUACCUGAUGAGACCAAGAGGUUUGUUUAUGCUGUUAGAGAGCCUGAGUCUCAAUCUGUGAUAUACAUUCUUUCUGCUCAGAAUUUGUCUGAGAGAUCUGCUAGAGAUGCUGAGUAUCUUAUUAGGGCAGUUCAACCAGAUGCUGUUGUGGCUCAAGUGGAUUUUUUAGUUCUCAGUGAAAUUCAAGUUGAAGAGACUGAAUGUAAUUAUGAUGAUGAUAAUCCAGUUCCCACUUCUUCUUUUGGAGUGAUUAAAAGGUGCUUUUUUGACAAGAUUAAUAAGGAGAAGUAUGAGAGUGAUGCAGGAAACUUAGUUUUGAGAGAGAUAUUUGGUACUUGUUUUCAUGGGCAUCUCCUGGCUGCCAAAAGGGCAGCAAAAGAGGUAGGUUCGAAUUUUAUGGUGCUUGACUCAUCAUUUCUUGAAAAUCCUGAUGCGGUUAAUACCUCAGGGGAAGUUGAGGCAGGUAACAAGGUUCAAGGUCUACUUACUAGUUUGGUUCCACAAAAAAUGGGAUCAUCUAUUUUACCUGGUUCAAGGAGGCUAUGCAUUAGUAAUGAUGUUCAGUCACAGGUGGUGAAACUAUUGUCUUCACAUAUGCACUCAUUCCAGCUGAAAUUAAUGCCUUCAGGUUCUAUUCCAGAGGUGGGGCCUGAUGAAUAUCAGCGGAUAGACAAUUAUGAAGUUCCAUUGUUUGCCCAGCCAGUUUAUCCUUUGCUUGUUGAUCUACAUAACAUAUUUGCUGAGAUGCCAUCAAUGGGAAAGGCUCUAGCACUUGUGCAGAAGUUGUUUCUGGAUAUAAAUAGAGGAGAGAUUGUGGAUACCAAGAUCAUAUCUGAAGUUUACACCUUUCAAAUUGCAGUUGAGUGCUUGAGGAUAGCCCUUAACUAUGCUGGUCGGGUACCCCUUAAAAAUUUGAGAAACCAAAACUCUGGUCACGUUGAUUUUUCAGAGCUUUCUGUUGAGGACAAUGGCCUGUUAGGUCUCAGGAAACAUUGGAACACUUCUGUUCCUCCAGAAAUUAAGGAUUUAGUUGGCAUCAUUGUUACAAAUUUCACAGAUGAUGAGGAAACCUCAAAUCACUCAGACAAAAAGCAAUUAUUAUCUAAGAAACCUGCUUUGACUGUGGGGGCAGGUGCAACAGCAGUUUUAGGAGCUUCAUCUCUCUCUAAAGCUGUUCCUGCAUCAACCCUUGUGAAGUUUGUAACAUUUAAGGUUCCUCCUUCAGUUAAGCUCAUUUUGACCCAGACUCAGAAAGUACUUGCAAUAGCAGUGAGCAAAAUUCUUGGUCCAUCAAAAUUAGCAGCACGAGGGCUUACAACUUCUGCAGGCAAUUCAUCUGUGUUGAAUGCAGUUGCUUUUGCUGAGAAAAUCCGGACUGUGGUUCAUGCUGCCAUAGCCUCUGCUGAAAAGACCAGCUUUUCAGCCAUGAGAUCAGCAUUCUAUGAAAUAAUGAGGAAUAGGCGAGUAAGGCCAGUUGGUCUUCUACCAUGGACUACUUUUGGGUGUAGUAUUGCUUCUUGCACGGGAUUAUUCAUUUAUGGAGAUGGCAUUGAAUUUGCUGCUGAGUCUCUUCCUUCUGCUUCCUAUAUCGCCAGUUUGGGUUGUGGGAUUCAGAAUUUACACCAGGCAUCCCAUGCAGCAAUGCAGACAGAUGGCAACAAGAUACAGAAAUCCAUAGAUUCCUGUAUAUUAAUUCAUACUUGCAAUUUGCAAAGCCUGAAGUAAGGUAAAAGAUUGAUCCUGUACAUGUAACUCCAUGGCACAAGUUUGGUUCUUCAAGGGUGAGUCCUAUUUUUCCUUUUUGGAAAUCCACUCUUGCGAUAACUGACACUUGGUUGCAAUGAGUACAUAGAAGAUUUUCCAUAUUCUAAAUGUUUUGGGACUAAAUUGAUAAGAAAAAA